AUGGAAAAAGAAGUAAAGAAUGAUGGGAUAGCGCAGAAACGUAUACUUCUCUUAAAGGGAGAAAGGAAGAAGAAGGGAAGAAAAAAAAACAGAGUCGGUUACGAGCCCGAAGGCUUCACUUGGACUUUAAUAUUAGUUCCCGAAGGCAGAAAGAACGGGAUUUAUCGUGAUAUUCUAACUCACGCUCGAUCUCGUGAUUCUCUAAUAUCUCGCGUUAUUAACGGUUAUGGUAAUAAAGUUGAAAUGGGUUUUGAAAAGUUUCGUGGUACUUAUCCUGGAUGGGAUCCUGAAAUGAACAAUUUCAGAAAGAUAUUUUCUUUCCGCACAAUGAGAAAACACCCAGAGCUUAUUCCAUUAGUAUUUGUUACAACAGUAGCUAUGACUGGAAUGGCCUCUUCGAUUUUAUAUCAUAUAUUUUAUAACUUAGAUGCAAGAUUUAUAAAAGGAGACUAUCCAAGAUGGGAAAUGGUGGAUCCUGAGAAACCACAGAAGUUGAUUACGAUCAACCAAAAAUGGGAACGAAUUCCCGAAUUGGAUGAACUUCGCAGCAUUAUUGGGCCUUACAAACCAAAGUAAUUACAUUGAAACAAAUUAGAAAUUCGUGAAUUUUAUCAGCAUUUGUUUGGUGUAUUUAUAUUUAUUUAUUUUGUACAGUUGCUUCCUGAAUUUUAAACUAAAUAAUAAAUAUGUAAUACUUUUAAGUUAUAAAAAUGUAUUUAAUAAAUU